GGGCACUCCAAAAAUAAUAAAAAACGAAUCUUACUUCAGUCCGAUAUUUAAUUUUUACAAUAAUUCUUGUACGCUCUGGAAUGCCCACUUCGAUGAACUACAAACCAUGAACUGUGCCACGAGGAGGAUUUGAACAGUAGGCGGUAAUGGUUGUCUUAGCAAAUCACAGAAAUCUAGGGUUUGGUGGCCUCGAACCGAUGGAAGAGAAGGCGCUGGUAUCGAGCAGCAAAAGCACGCAAGAGCUAGCAAUGGAGGGUCAGAAGCAUCUGGAAGAAACCAUCGAAGCAGCCUUUCAGAUCCUCUCCUCCAUGAACGACGAGCUUUGUAACCCCUUAUCGUGGUCUUCUUUUUCUUCCACUACCACCGCCUCCUCGACCACCGCCGCCACUGCUCCCUCGUCUCUAUCUAAUGUCAUCAAUGGGGAUAUUUCUUCUGAUACGUCCCACAAUGUUGAGACGGGUGCUGGACCCCUAGAAGAGGCUCGCCUUCGCUACAAGUCUUCUGCGGCCGCUCUCCGUGCAGUUCUCGCUGCAAUUCCCAACUCUCAGAAGGCAAAAACAUGUGACGGUUUGACAGCAACAGGUUCUUUCUCACAAGCCGAUCAGACUGACAUAGAGAAGCUAGAAGAACAAGCCUCUAAUCUAAGAAAUGAGCUUACGAAUAAGAAUGUGUAUCUAAAGCAUCUAAUUGAUGAGCUUCGAGAUCUUAUUACAGACAUAUCAAUGUGGCAAAGUCCUUGUUCCGUAUGAGUUUGUAAUACACAUUUGUUCAGAACAAGUACAUGUUUGUUCUCUGAAGAUUAUAACAAAAGGAGCAUUUUAAAUGAGGAUGAUUAUGUUUUUGUUUUCAAAAAAUUUGAUAAUUAUGGUUACAUGUUAAUGAAGAAAUGCAGCAUGCGAGUUUACAACCA